GUCAAACAGAGAGUCACCUAUCGUCAUUUCACAGGUCAUUAUCACUUGGUUUCGACGCUUGGUGCAUCUUUGCAGGUUGAAGACAGUAAAGAGUUGUUGAAAACGUCGCAAUGGGUAACGAACUGAGUAGUCGGGAGCUUGGUAGUGAUCUUGCCAUGCUGGCACUGCUAAGAAGUUUGGAGGAGGCACGGAUGGCACGGAGCAGUUCUGAACCUAUAAUGACACAGCAUGGUUGGGACCCUGAUGAUUGUUCAGAUAAUAUGGAUGUGCUGGAAGAUGGACUUAAGGUUAGAAAAAAGGUUUCUAGAACUCUGUCACCCCUUUUACCAAUCCCAGAGAUGCGCACUGACGCCGUUCGUGGUAAAAAGAGUUACAGGAACGGCACCCACAUCUGGCGUAUUCAUUGGCCAAAGCAGCACCGCGGCUCUCACGCAAUGGUGGGCGUGGCCUCCACCCAGGCCCCUUUAAAAUGCAUAGGUUUCACACACUUGAUUGGUUCCAACGACCAGUCUCUAGGCUGGGACAUCGCACGGAAUCUUUUGAUCUAUAACGACUGUACUAUCAGACGUUAUCCAGACGGUAAAAUGCCUGGAUUCGAAGCCCCAGAGGACAUUACAGUUAUUCUGAACAUGGAUACUGGUGUGCUGGGAUUUAAAGGUGGAGGUGAAAACUACGGCGUAGCUCUGACUGGACUGAGGAGCAUCAAUCGACCGUUGUCCCCUGCCAUAAGUGCCACUAAAGACGGGGCUGAGAUUGGAAUCCACUAUUUAGGAGGCACAGAUUCUGGUCCAACUGUUGGCCCUACACCAAUCACAAGUCCGCGACCAGCAUCUGCUGCAGGGGCAUUCACCUUCCAUAGUAAAGUGCACGGCAGUGCCGUCAAGUUUUUGAACAACUACAGAACAGCCGCACGAGAAGAUCCCCUCAACAAUGACAAGAACGCAGUGGUGUUCACUUCUCGGCCCUUGGAAACAGAAGAACUCUUUGAAAUCCACAUAGACAAGAGAAUCAAGGGUUCUGAUAAACCUGGUUCCGUGGAAAUAGGCGUUACCACUGUGAACCCUCAGGAGCUGAGUUCUGUCCCAGCCACCAUGACUGACUGCAAAGUUGGUCAGACCUGGAUGUACAGUGGAGCUGAAAUGUUGCUGAAUUCACUCAAAGUGGCGAACAUGCCCAAAGACAUCUAUGAACUUCAGUCAACUGGGAAGUUAUCUAAACUGGGAGUGAAACGUGAUGCUCAAGGGCGACUGGAUAUAUUUGUCAAUGGUGAAUACAUUGGCACUAUUAACGACAGGUUCCCCACCACUAUCUACGGAGUUGUGGAUAUCUACAUGCAAACCGUACAAGUCAGCAUCACAAGCCCUAAGGUAGAAGCACCAAUAGAAAAGGAAGAAGAACCUAGUGGGCAAACUCAAGAGGCUGCAAAGUCUACCUCUCCAACCUCUCCACCGCCUCCCCCAAUCACAUUCCGCAAAACUUGUGGAAAAAAUGUAGAAAUGUCAAGUGACCAGAAAACUGCAACCAGACGAAAUUAUAUGACCGACUGCGAUAAUGGGAUAGUCCUUAGCUCUAGACCGCUGCAAUCCGGCGAAAUGUUCGAGAUCAGAGUGGAUAAGACCAUCAGCAAGUGGGACCACGAAGGCCUCAAAAUUGGUCUUGUUGAUUUACAUUCUGGUUUUGAGAUCCCCCGCACGCUACCUGGUCAAAUAGCUGAAGUCACGUGGUCGUGGGUCGGAGACGAGGUGUUUCACGACAGAAGAGUAGAGAAAAAAUUGAACAUGAAUCUAAACAGAGUCAAGAAUGGAGAUAGGGUCGGUGUGAUGAGGGCAAGCGAUAACACCGUUCACUUUUUCUACAACGGUCAAGAUUUCGGGGCGGCUGCAGAUAGAAUCCCUGAGAAAGUAUUUGCAAUCGUAGAUGUCCAUGGUUGCACUUUUGAAGUGUCCUUAAACAUGCCCGACACAGAAAUGGAAACCAAACAAACGGCGCCUGGGCCUAAUCCCAACUCCGAAGUUAACACCGCUUUGAUGAAAAUGAAGCAAACAGUGGAGUUACUGAAGAUCAAGAAUGAAGCAUCUAUAAAGAAAGUGAAACAGAUGGCGCAAGAAAAUUUAUUGGAACUUUAUCGGAGCCACCAGGACCCGUUGCUUCGCAAGGCGAUGGGUGAAAAGUUCACAGAAAUGCAGGGGGAAACACACAUCGUCGACUAUCUAAAGUUCCUGCGUGAGUGCGGCCUAGAAGUAGAUUACAUCCAGGAAUGCUAUAGCACACUGCGAAAAAUUUGCGUUUGGUACAGCAAUGAUUCCCUGAAGUUCGCUCGCGCUCUUGGGGAAACUGAUUUAUUAUCAAUUGUGGUAUCCGAGCUACAGAAAUACAAGAACAAAUCUUACGAAACUGACGAGAAAUUGCUGGACGUGGUGAAAACUGAUCUUAUUCUCCUACAUAACUGCGCCAAAGUUACUGAAAACCGCGGUGUCAUAAGAAGGCUGCAAGUUAUCGACGCCAUCCUGCCCUACCGUAAUAGCAAGAUCAAGGAAUUGAGCACUCACGCCCUGAUGGCCCUCUCCUACAUGGUUGCCAUUGAUGAACACCAUUACAUUCAGGCAGACGAAAAUUCCAUCGCUUUCAUCUUACAAAUCCUGGAAGAGGCAUUCAGUAACAAAACUACCCACAUGAGCGAAACUGGUUACCAUGUAGAUGAAGUCCUGGUCGGACUGGCCAACCUUGCCAAGAACAAAGGGAACCGAAUAAAUGUUGUUAAAAAACAAGGUGUUAACACAUUUGUGAAAAUCAUGAAACUUGGCCGACCCAGUGAGCAAGAGUGCGCGGCGAUGGCGUUGUUGGAAAUGGUGGACGACACAACGGUGCAGCACAUUGCCGCAACACCAGGUUUACAUGGGGUUCUUGCAACUAUGAAAAACAGCCCAGUGGAGGCAGUCCGACAGGCCUCAGAAAGACUGUUGCUCAAGUUGCCUUCGCAGGACUCUUUUGUCCAGAUGAUGCCAGAUAUGCCGAAACCAACUGCACCUAAAAGAAGAAAGUGUGACUAUAAAGAGAUAUGCAACGCUUACAUGAAAACCCUUAACUUAAAUGAUGCGUUUUUCGACCACGAAUUUGACCGGUGCUACUGCAGCGUCUGUCACACAGACCGUGGAGAUGACCUGUAUUAUACUAGGGGAGACCCUCCCAAAGAUUACGGUAUUCCUGCUGGCUGGUGUAGAUACGCUUUGAGUUUGCCUGCAAAAGCCAAAGCCAUGAAUGUUUUAGAAGCCUGGCACAGAGCUUACCAUGGGACCAGGAGCACUGCGGUUGCUAAAAUAUUACAAGUGGGAGAACUUUUGAUGCCAGGUGACACUGCUCUUGGCGGAGAAAAAAUAAGUGUGUGCAAAGGGCAUUUCACAGAGGAAAGGAAGCCAGAAGGAUUCAACAUCAAGAAAAUCUUUGUAUCGCCCAGCAUCCGCUAUGCAGGACAUAGUGCUUAUGCUAUGCCGCACAAGUACAAGGAUGCUACAACAGAAAAGAACUACGUAGCUCGCGUUGCAUUCCAAAUCUGCAUUCGCCCGGAUAGUUACGUUGUAGGUGACCAAACCAUUGGAGCCCUGAGCCAGAUAGACCCAAAAUUUGAUAACCAGGAAAUAGAAUGGGCGACAGAGGAGAGAGGUAGCACUGUCCUCUAUGGCCUGCUAGUGAAGUUGGAAGAGGAAGUCAGCGCUUGAAUAAAGAUGCAAUGUGCAAGAGCAAU